AUGCUGCAAGUACUACUAUUCUUAUGGAUUUUCAUUUUACCCAGCGUAUUUGGUGCAUUGGGUGGUUUAAUUGGUCGAACACAAAGUGUUGGUGUUACCGGUACGCUUACAUGUAAUGGAAAACCGCUCGGUAGUGUACUUGUUAAGUUAUAUGAUGAUGAUAGAGGUCUUAGUACGGAUGACCUAAUGGCAAAGGGUGAAACAGAUAGUAAAGGUUACUUCCGAAUUUCCGGCUCUAUCAAUGAAAUUUCAACAAUCGAUCCAAAACUUAACAUUUAUCAUGACUGCAACGAUGAUUGGAUUCCUUGUCAACGAAAAUUGAGCAUAAUGAUACCGGACAGCUAUGUAACUGUAGGAAAAACACCAAAAGAAUUCUACAAUGCAGGAACCAUUGAACUUUCUGGUAAAUUCAAGGGUGAAACUCGUGAUUGUAUCCAUUAA